AUGGUGCUGUUGGUGCCAAAGCAGAGGCGCAAAGCUUGGUGAAGCCCACCGUAUUGGAAAUCCAUUGCGUUGUCUGUACAGCACUAUCAUCAGCUGACUAGCUAGCUCGAGGAUACGAUACCAGCAAUGAAUAAAAGACGGUGUCGGUGAAACAAAGUAGAAUUCCAGUCAAGAUGAUGUUCCCAAGCUCUCCCAAUCCACCCCGCACUCGUCGCACUACUAGCAGCAUUAGCAGCAUCAGCAGUCCACGCCAAGCUCCACAAUCGAAUGGCGAACAACAACAUCAUCAGCAACAUCGAGAUCGCAGUCGACUGUUGCUCUUUUUCUUUCAUCAUCAUCAACGACGAAAGAACCUGGCACUGUUUUUGGGCAUUUGCGUCGUGUACAGUUAUGCCUUUUUCCAGUGGCAACCCGAUCGCUCCUUUGAAGCGAUGCAACGUUUGAAUUUGGAAUUGCAAACAAGAGAACAAUUGCGCCUGGAACAUCGCAAAGCCAAAAAAAAUGGACAAGAUCUGGAUAUCGUCCCGGAAAUUGCCGAUGAAGCACCCGAUUGGCAACGCAAAAUGAGAGCCCGUGCGGGAGACAUGGCAUGGAGACGCGAACAAGAACAACUCGCGGCAGCGGGACAUUCCAAUCUACGCGGUGGUGGAGAUUAUUUUACGGAUGGUAGUGAUGAAGAGGAGGAAGAAGAAGCAGAAGAUGGCAAGAAAAAACCAAAACGACGGCGUCGACCACAGGGAAGUGCCGGUCAAGCCAUUUUGGAUUUUGCCGUCAUGAUGUCGGUGUUUGUCAUUACUCGCACCAUUCUAAGGGUCUGUGUUUUAUACCGACAAUUCACCCGCGCACAAGGAGGAUUGUCAGCGGCGGGGCUGUCCUUGCCGACACCUACUACUACUAACAAUCGAAGAUCCACUCGCAACAGUGGCCGGGGCGCACUGGCUCGAUUGGUCGUACCACAAUCCAUGCAUGCUCAUGCCACUCUGUUGCGCACGGCACGAUUUCGGGCAUGGGUCACCGAUCUCAAUCGACAACGAACUGCUAAUGGACAACCACCCCUGUCUUUGGAAUCCUUGCGCCUCGUCAUGCGGGAUUCCGAUUUUGAUGGCAAUGAUUACGAAGCAUUGAUGCGCUUUCACGAAGAAGCCACAAUGGCACAAUCCAUGGGAGCCACACAGGCAGAAAUUGAUCGAUGUCCACAACGAGUUUUGAACGAUCCCAAUGAUGAAUUAUUAUUGUCAAACAAUGCGGCACAAGCAUGCCCCAUUUGUUUAGAAGCCUACCAAAUGGGAGAUCGAGUGAGAAGAAUUCAUUGUUUUCAUGAAUUCCACGUCGGGUGUAUAGAUCCGUGGCUCGCGCAUAGAGCCGUCUGCCCCGUCUGCAAACAUCCCGUGGUGGGGUAAGUGUUGCUUUUGGGACCGACUGAAUGGUAGCUACAAUGGACAACCAUUGGAGGCAACCAAUGCUCUCUCGAAGGAAGUUAAAGAAGGACCAUGAUUCUCAGAGACUGGCAAAUGGAAAUACGCACUCUGCAGAUAGAGGAUCGCCCAUUGCCAGUGGUUGAGAUGAACAACUGUAACUGACUCAGUCGGUCGAAUGGCUAAUUGUGGGGUUUCUCGCUUUCGAUGAUGCCCUUUGCACACCACAACAUCAUUGAUGGGCUACGGUACUGAUAUGAGGUCUCAGUGUCGUUCUGUUCAUCAACGUAUCCUAUUCCAGUAAUGAAGAAGAAAGCCCUUUUCUUCGACUAUUGCCUUCUCGGGGUAGCUAGCGGCAUCCCCUUGCUUCCAACGAACUUCUGAUUCGCUAUUAAUAGUAGCAUCUGAGUUAACCGGAUCAUUAGUCUGUGCACUUCUGCAAAUAGCAUUAGCUAUAGGAACCAGAAGCCC